AUGGAUAUCGAGCAGCGUCCAGUUGCUGAGAAACACUUUCUCAAUACCACUGUACACAAAAUCUCGUGGAGCGGAUUGACUGUCGCCAUCAAGGAUCGCAGGACCGGACAAACCAGAAAUAUUCUUGAUAAUGUAGAAGGUCUUGUAAAUUCUGGUGAUUGCUGCGCCGUCAUGGGGCCAUCGGGUUGUGGCAAGACAACGCUCUUGAAUGCUCUUGCUAGGCGACCUAUUAAUGCUACUGUUGACGGCCGAGUCUGUAUCAACAGUACACAACUACCAGAUGCUGCGUUCCGUCAUGUCACGUCAUUUGUGGAGGACCAUGAUACCUUUAUUGGGUCAUUGACUGUUCGUGAAACACUGCAAUUCGCCUCAAAGCUGGCAGGCAUAACAUCUUUCAGACAUGAAUCUCAAGCCCGCAUCGAUACACUUCUCAAAUCCUUUGGUCUUGUUGACCAAGCCAGUGCGCUUGUUGAGAAGGGGAUUUCAAAAGGCCAGAAGCGACGGCUGGCAGUUGCUGAACGGCUCGUCACUGGUCCAAAGAUUCUUUUCCUCGAUGAGCCCACCAGCGGGCUCGACUCAGUGCCAGUUUUCACAUUAUCAGCUACCUACGCGACCUUGCAAAGCGCAACAAUCUCAUCAUUAUCUUUGCUACUACUAUCGGCGGGGAAAACACAGUACUUUGGCGCUAGGAGCGCUGUGAUUGACUACUGCGAGGGCAUCGGUGUAACAAUCCCUCAACGAGUCAAUCCUGCAGAUUUUCUGCUUGAGUUAGUCAAUAUUGACUUUUCACAAGACAUAACCGCAGCUUCUCAACGCAUUGCGGACCUGCAGUCUCUCUGGCAAGCAUCUAACAGCGCUCAGCUUCUUUGCGAGUCAAUACUGGCUACUGAUCGUUCGUCCGAGGGUUUGAGCAUCCAAGCCGACGACAAGCCCGGUAUAGGCGGCCAGCUGAUGACCUUGUUGCAGCGAAGCUUUCUCAAGGCAUACCGCGAUAUCAUGGCAUACACGUUUCGGCUCGUCAUGUAUAUGGGCUUGGCUAUCCUGAUGGGAACACUCUGGCUGCAGUUGGACCGCAACCAAGACUCCAUCCAGCUUCUGAUUAACGCGCUCCUUGUUAGCUGCGGAUUCAUGGCGUUCAUGGCAGUGACAUACGUCCCCGCUUUCAUUGAAGACCACUAA